AUGGAGGCGGCGUGCAGACGGCUGUGCCUAGGCGACACAUCCAGUCUGCCGGAUAUCGUGGACUGCAUCGAGGCGGGACAGCAGGCACCAACGGGUAAGCUAGGCAUCAGAGCCUACACUGCGCUUGGAACACUUCUGUUUCGCGAAGGCCUUGUGCUUCGCGAGUCACAUGCGUCGGACUCCGUGCUCCCUAGUGUGGGGGCCUUCUACGCACUGCGCAUUCUCGCAGUUCUAGGCGUGCGGCAUGCAGAGGAAGGAUACAAUGUAAAAAGUGUUCUUCUCUCACUCGGCCUGCAGCGGUGCCGUGACAUGAUACUCGACGCUUACUUUGCACUCAAGCGCUGGCAGCGGUACUAUGUGGUCAUGUUUGUGACGCUGCUCAUUGGCGUGUAUGGAUGCCGCCCGCAGGAUUUGCUCCAAAGCGUGACAUCAUUGAACAUUCUGGCCGGAUCGACUGAUCCUGGAUGGGUCUCACCAUCUCCUGAAGGUACAGUCGAGUCUACCGAGGUAGUCCCAGCUUUGCCACACCACCCAGCCCAAGUAGCUACUGCGUCUGCAGGGUGUAGUGGCAGCCCCGCUUCUCUUACCGGCCCAACCAAUCCUCAGCCGCCUGUUGCAACGGGCGGCUCACCAAGUCCACGUCGUAUGAGCAUCCAGAAUCACAGGCCUGUGCGGGUCUCUAUCCCCGGUACCUCUACUGACUUGCCAGUGCAGCCUGCCCGGUGGUAUCGCGAGCUCCCCCGAAGCCCUAUCAAUGCGCCGUACUCCGUCAACCCGCUGUACGUAAGUGAGCCCUUGCGUGAGAGCAGCGGCAGCACAACGGCCGCGGGAGGGAGGACAUGCGACGACGGCGCUGAUAAUCGAACAUCUCCGGCUUCUCAGCUGCUUGUAGCGGAGACAGCAAUGACGGCGCAGUUUCCCACCCCUGUAGUGCUUUUUUCGGCGUUUCACGGUGUUGGCUGUGUGCCUUGUCUACCCACGAUUGAUGACCUGGCUCGACUCGACGCGUGGCGUGAGCGUAAGCAGCAGGAGCACGCAUUGAAGUCUCCUGCCACAACCUCCUCAUCGCUGACGCGCAUCGCAGAGCGUCGGCACGGAUGGGGCUUCAUACUGGAAGCGGCGCUGCAGAUGCGUGACCCCGACGCCGCAGGGGACGAGGGACUCUCGCCCCCGUUUGUCGUGCGCAAUGAGAUGGCAUUUGUGUUGCCCAACCCUGAAGCUGUUGCGUACCAUUGUCAGUGUCUGAACAGCUCUCUGCUGCGACAGUACCUGGAGCAAGGCGAGCUACUGAGCUGGGGCUCCCUGGCAAAGGGCGCGCUCGGUCAGCAUAGCCAGCGGCGCGGACGAUCCACGCCUGGGAUGCCAGAGAGUGACGCCAUCAGCAGCGAUCCCGCUGAGUCAAAAGCCAAACUCAGCGGCGGCGCUCCAGUAACCAUGGGCACCCCACAGCAGUACUCGAGCGCACCUGGCGCCGCUGGGCUGGGUGGCAAAGAGGAGCAAACGAGUCUGGGGGAGGGCAAUCUCCCUACAGCAGACCCGCCUAUGGCUGCCUCCAAGGCGUUGCUCGCGCGUGGACCGUUCGCGACGGAUGUUCAGCCGGAGACGCGACCCACGAGAGGGAGUGUGGCGGAUCAGUUUCAAGCUUCUCCUUGUGGAGAGUUGAAGGCUACAUCAAUAACUUCGGCUGAAUCUCUUGCAGGCAGCACCGCGUCUCCUCACGACACCAGCGUGACAGGAUAUGUGUACCUUCCCUUAUCUGUUCACACCCCUGCGCGUGUGGCACAGAUUGCUUGCGGGCUCGCUGUCACCUAUGUGGUGACCGUCGAUGGCGUGCUGUACAGCUGCGGCCGCGCCGAUAACGGGCAGCUCGGUAUUGGCGGGCGCAGCAUGCGCUACGCCCAUGCUGGAGUGAGUAAGCUACAGCGGGUUCUUUUCAAGGACAAUGAGCGCGUUACUCGCAUUGCCGCCGGCACUGCGUGCGCCGUGGCGCUCACUAGAGACAACGCGCUCUACUGCUGGGGUCAUAACGUGUAUGGGCAGUGUCUGAAAAUGCCGGACGCGAGUCGCGUGUUGACGCCGGUGCGGCUGAAGGCUGGGGUCCACAAGAUACUUGACGUCUGCUUUGGCCAGUUCUUCGGCGUACUGUUGUUCGACGACGGUGUCAUGGGCACCUGGGGCAUUGCAUCGAUGCUGGGAUGCAACAUGAGCGACAAGGGGCUAGAGCACAGCCUCGCACCCGAUCAGUGCAAGUGUGCCAGGCAGGUAGUGCACCUACGAGUAGGCACGUCAAACCCCAUGGCUGCGGUGCGAGCUGGACCGUGGCAUGCACUCGCCAUCUCGCAGAAGGGCGAGGUGUACACGUGGGGUGUUGGCAGCAACGGGCGACUUGGACACGGCACCGACAGCUCAGAAGCGAAGCCACGCCUUGUGGAAGGGUUACGGUCAUCUUUUGUGGUCGAUGCUAGUUGCUCCCACGUUCACAGCGCUGUCCUCACGAGCACUGGCGCCGUCUAUGUUUUUGGCGGCAACGCCGAGGGACAGCUCGGGCUGCGCGGACUUGCGCCGCGGCGCCUGCCAACGAUGGUGCCACUUCCAAUCAAGGCGGUGGCGGUGAUGUGUGCGCGGGAGCACACGUGCAUCCUGCUCGCAGAUGGUGACGUAGUCGCCUGCGGAUCGUACAGGAUGUGCGGCAUCGGCCUUGGCUACGGUCGUCGCUUUUGUGCCCCGAUGCGCAUCCUCACCAACUAUGUGACGCUGGUGCUGCACUCCGGUUAUCUGCAAGGCAUGGCAGGUGUCGUGCAUCGCCGCACUGCCGUGAUGGUAUUGGGCCACUCCACCAUCAAGGAGGUGUCACGCGUGCCGAGCCUGUCCGUGCGCAACGGUGUGCGGUGCGCUGCGUCCGGUGCAGGCUUCCUUGUGGUCCUGUGGGAGAACAACACACUCGUCGCCAUUGGGCGCGGCGAGCGUGGUCAGCUUGGUAUUGGAGACUGCAUGAAGUCGUAUCGCAGCGAUGACGUCACUGUCGCUUCGGCCUUCAGCGAGGUACACAUCCCAUCCGAUGUUAUCAUUCAGCAUGUGCGUUGUGGCCCAGACUUUGCCCUCGCCCUUGACGAGUGCGGCGUCGUGUACGGCUGGGGCAGCAACGACCAUCAAAAGUUGUGCCAGCCGGCAGGCGUUGCACACAUCUUCACGCCAGUGCGCGUGGACGCCUACGCAAGUGAGCGAAUUGUGCAGAUCGUGUGCGGGGGCACCUUUGUCGUUGCCCUCACCGUCGAUGGGGAGGUGCUUGCCCACGGUGAGGCCAUGUACUGUGGCUUGGGCGUGUCAACAUCGCCGGCCAAGGCUAAGGGUAGCGAUGUGUCAGUGCCGAUACGUGUCGCCGGGCUGCGUGACAUUGUAGCUGUGGCAGCAGGGUGUCGCCACGCUGUGGCGAUGACGGCGUCAUGCAGUGUCUUUGCCUGGGGCGUUGGUGUUCUCGGUACGGGCAGCAACGCUGACACCACCGAUCCAGCAUCCUCCGCUUCCGUUGUGUUGACGCCGGUGCGUGUGGCGCUCUCGCAGACCAUCCGCAGCAUUGGCUGCGGGCCCCAUAACUCCUUCGCGAUCAAUGAUGAGGGGGAGCUGUGGGUGUGGGGUAUGAACAAGUUUGGCGAGUGUGGCAUACCGACUAGUGGCGACAGCAUUAGCACCAGUAGCGGUGGCGGUGCUCUUCAGGACUUGGCAGCUGGUCAGAAGCAAGGCAGCGAUGCGGCGGUUGGCCACGCUAACGUCAUCACUGCUCCCACCCCAGUUGCGCGACACGUGCGAGACGCUGCCUUCACAGACCAGUUCGGCGUGGUAGUGUUCGAAGACGGUCAGGUGAGUGUCUCGGGUCGGAUCCGGUAUGGUGGCCAGCACUACCAUCUGCCCACUUUCCACAGCACCCCACAGCCGCCCUUUUCCAUCGACGUCAAUGAAUUGGUACGGCACCCUCCUCCAGAACGGCGGCCCAGCCUCAAUGCAUCGAAGCUCAGCGGCGGUGGUGGCGCAUCUACUGCUGCGGCGAGUGCACAGCGUCAGUCAGGGUGCCAAGGGAGCGCCGACUCGAAUAGUGCGUCCGAGGACGAGAAUGAACAGUCUGAGUCCUCCCAUGUUGGCCUUCCGGCCGCCAGCAAGCCUGCGAAGGUGUCCACAGACGGCCAGCAUCAACGCCGUCCCCAGCCACCGUCACUACCGCGGUCACACGUUGUGGGGAUGGGCACGGUUGCUUCAUCACCCACUUCUGCGCUCUCCAGGAAGUCAUCACCGCAACGCGCAAACCCCUCUCUCCCCUCGGUGGCCGGGGGUCACAGCAGUCCACCCACUCCGUCCUCUGGCGCGGUGACGAUGGCCGGCGCAUUGGCGCCUCUCGCCGUACCAAGGGACCGGCUUUCCUCCUUCACCUCGCCGCUGUCGGGCACGCGUGAUGCGAGCCAGCUGGAUUACAGGCCGGACAUGAUGUCCGAGUACUUCCUCCCAAGCCUCUCGGGGCUGAUUCCAAGCGGGGAAGGGAGCACACACCAGGCAACUACAGCCAUCAAAGCCGGCACAAUGGACACAGCGGAAGCGUACCUCUACGACACCGAGUACUCAUCACCAGACGCUAGGGCGCCUCUCUUCGAGACAGAGGCUUCCAGGGAGGCUGUCGUGUGCACUCCAAUGCCGUCGCACCGGGUUAGCGAUGGCGCCGCGCCACCAUCCGUGCAGGCGCGGACAUCGACAGCGGCGCAGGCUCGCCAUUCGGUGCCUGCGGCGUGGGGAACCUUGGACGUGUCGGAGCCGUUGGCGCUGCCGCUUCCGCCGGAUCGCUCUACUGCCCAAGGUGCCGGUGCGGGAAUGGCUGCUGCCAGAGCUAAAGUACGCAGGCAGCCACUACAGAUGCCGCAACCGCCACAGUCAGCUCAACGUGGGCAAACGGCGCGGCUUCCAGCAGGCUUCAAGUCUCCGAAGCUGUCGUUACCUUCGCCGCCUCCCUCGGCCUCUGAUGAGCGCAUCUUGGGUAUCCGCUGCUUUGCUGGCUGGGAGCAAAUUUGCAUUCUCAUGGAGAAAUAUCGGCCCUCGGCGGCCGAGGUGGGUGUGGCACAGAGGAGUCUUCAGGUGCUCCUGCGCCAAGACCGAGAAUGUAGUACGGGGGGUGUGAACUAG